ACGAAGCAUAAUAACAUGCAUCCAUAUACAAAAGUGUUUUUUGGUCGCUUGUUGGCUUUCUUCAUCUUUCUGUAUGGUGGAGCUGCCAUCUUUUUGUUGAUUGAGAAAGGGGAAGAAACGGAGCAUCCCAUUAUUGGGAUACAKCGAAUUUACACCGAAAUGAACCUKACCAACCAAAGUGUGAUUCAGGAAAGAGACUUUUUCGAAGUUGUAUACAAAGCUUCAAAUUUAGUGUGCAAGAAACAACGACCAGGAUGGAGUUACUUGGAUUGCCUCAACUACGGCAUCCACAUUAUGACGACGAUUGGUUAUGGAACCAUUACACCUAACACWCAACUCGGCCAAGUGGUGACCAUUAUCUAUGCUCUCAUUGGAAUACCGCUGACCUUACUCACAAUGCGGGCGAUGGCUUAUAAUUACAACCAGUUGAUUCGMAAAAUUCUUUCUAAAUGCUUCACUAAAGACCGUGAAAAGGAUAUGGAGCURAAAGUUGUGAUUGUGAAUAUGUUAGUGACUGUGCUGUAUGUGCUUAUAUCAGCAGUGGUUUCCAUGGGUGUUGAUGGAUAUAAUUACAUCCAAGGUGUUUAUGUUUGGUUCAUCACUAUCACCACAGUAGGSCUGGGUGAUUUUGUACCCAAAAAUAGUCAUGCCGACCAGGCUUACAAUCUCCUGAUUGGUCUCUGCUUCAUGUCAGGAACAAUCGACGCAAUGGUAACRUAUUUUGAUUCAAAUAAAGAAAAAGAUUCAUCGUUAAGGAGAAGACUCUUCAAGUGUUGUCUGUGUUGCGGAACCAGGAAAUUAGACUUCCAACAGGAAGAUAAUGUAGAAAUGGAAAACGUUGACGGCCCCAAAGACGUUGGWACGCAGACAGAUGAGUUCAGUAACUAUGGUUUUCAAAACAGUGCUUUCAAUGUUAUAGGACAUUAAAYUAACAAACUACAGCAGCUCCAAUCGAGAGAGGUUUUGAACUGUUACUGCUCACAUGAAACUUAUUACUGUGUCAUGCGCUUGGAUUCGGAUUAAAAUGAUAUAAAAAGAAGGGAUGUAGGAGUCCAUGCUUGUGAGAAAGGAUUGCACUUAGCAAACAUUAAGAUUGUAUUUUUUAUAUUUAAUGUGUAAAUGAAUUCUGUUGUACGUUUCUAAUAGUCCAAGUACACCUAAGAACCUUUGCCCUAUUUUCUCACAUACGAAAAAAAUUCGCCAUCUUUGCUUUUUGAACCAAUAAGAAAGCAACUUUCAACAAGACAUCACUUUGUAUAACAAAGCCCAAACGAUCGUAGGCCUUUUAAAGAAUGUAAGUUGUGAGAUUUGACGACCUGGUAGCUAAAUUUCCAUGGCAACUAUGACGACGAGGUUACUAUAGCAAUUUCUGCGACUACACAGCACUUGAGUGAGUAAUCAAAGCCUUACUAAYGUGAGUCUCCUGCAAAGCACUAUGGAUAAUUUUAGUCCUUUCAUCGUAGCACAAAAUGUAUACUGCGCAUGCGAUGAUUAAUAUUAAUGUAAAUAGGCCUCCAGCAGCGAUGAUUGACAGGACUUUUGCAGACAUUUGUCCCAAUGGUUCAAGGGAUUUGGGUAWUAUAUCGUCAUUUCUUGUUCUUUGUUGGUUCUUCUGUCGAAAUGAUUUUCUUGUGUGAAGAAAUUUCCAGYGUUUACCUGCGUGAAGACAAGACUGAGUAUCUUAUUGCGAAGACGACGGAAUGUAGGUUAUUUACAUAUCAAUAUUAAUUAUAUCAAUUAUAUAUAUAACAAGAAAACAAGCCGUUKGCAUGUAUAUAUUGGAAUAAUAAAUCACUACUAAAACUCAUCAAAUUCCA